AACGUUGCAACGCUGAUUCAGAAUUAGUCAAGAAGUUAGUUUGCGACGAUUUUUAGAGACACUACCACUACACCAGGCACCACCAUAAUAACAGAAGUUGAGGAAAAGGGAUAUCUAGAAGAGACAAUUAGAUUUGCAGCGUAUUUCAGAGCGUUCCUGAAGCCCUACAUACAUGUACAUGUAUAUUGGAGUUGUCUGAAAUAACUUGCAUUGUGCCCCAAAAGUGAGCCAAGACCACCUCAUCCCCAGAUUUUCAACAGGCAAAGACAAAAUGGCUGACUCUGAUGACGAGGAAAUCUUGUACGACAAUGACCUGGGUCGUAACCUGAUUGGGGGCAAGCGGGUGAAGAACGUGGAUGACGUCUUGAACGGAGGGAAGAAGGACAAGAGGAAACUGAGGAAAACCCUUGCUCUGUGCUUGGCGUUCUUAUGCUUGGGUCUAUGCCUGGCCAUUCUAGGCCCAACGCUGCUGAGCCUACAGAAGCACCUAGAUACCACGCUUCCCAAGAUCUCCUGGGUGUUCGCGGGGCGGAGCGUUGGGUACCUCUUUGGUGCAAUCCUCGGUGGGAUGCUCUUCCAAUCCUUCAACCCUCUCUUCCUCCUAUCCGUUGUCCUGUUCCUGUGCGGUAUAGGGGUCUUGGCUGUCCCGUUCGUGACAUCGGUCCUGGUCCUGGCAGUAAGCAUCAGUAGUGUUGGUAUCAGUAUGGGUGUCCUAGACACAGGUGCAAAUCUUCUCUGCCUUCGCAUGUGGGGGAAGAAACGUUCCGGCACCAUGCUUCAGGCACUACAUUUCAGCUUCGCCCUUGGUGCCUUUAUCUCGCCUCUUGUUGCAGCUCCUUUUUUGGCGGAAACCACUGCCGCCAACAGCACCAUGUUGGUAUUGCCUUCCCCUAUGAUCAAUGUAACAUUGGCAUCGCCUGUUAUAAGUCCUGUUCCAGGAGCACCCAGUGAGAACGGUACUCUGAACACCGGAGGAGCAGCUAAACCUAUUACCACUGAAGGAGUAGAUAAAUCUAAUGGCACUGAACUUACUGAUCAAAGAGAGAAACGUGACGCCGUCAACGAAGGAACAGUUGAACCUAGUACUAUUGAAGGAACAGUUAAACCUUCUACCACUAAAGGAACAGUUAAACCUUCUACCACUAAAGGAACAGUUAAACCUUCUACCACUAAAGGAACAGUUAAACCUUCUACCACUAAAGGAACAGUUAAGCCUUCUACCACUAAAGGAACAGUUAAGCCUUCUACCACUAAAGGAACAGUUAAACCUUCUACCACUAAAGGAACAGUUAAACCUUCUACCACUAAAGGAACAGUUAAGCCUUCUACCACUAAAGGAACAGUUAAACCUUCUACCACUAAAGGAACAGUUCAACCUAUUACCAUUGCAGGAAAAGACACUCCUUCAAAAUCAGAGCAGCCUGCACCCCAGCGUGAGGUUGAAAGGUUUGCGAUGCCCUUCAUCAUCAUAGGGAUCUUGGUUCUUUUAACCUGUGGGUUAUUUUUCUACUUGCUUUGCACCAAGCCCAAAGAGGAACCUGGAUACACCGGUUCAGAGCACUCUGACGGGACUUCAGCUAAGGACAACAGCCCGUUCAGAACAAGGAUCCUGAUCCUUCUGUUCUUCUUCUACUUCCUAUACGUUGGCGGAGAAGUCGCUUACGGAAGCUUUGUCCCCAUGUUUGCGAGUAAGAGUCAACACCACUUUGAGCAGGACCGUGCGAGCCACGUGGCAGCCCUGUUCUGGGGCGCCUUUUGCCUUGGACGGGGUCUAGCUAUCUGUCUUGCAAGUGUCAUCUCGCCACUGAAGAUGGUGAUUGCCGACAUGGUGGGAUGCGUUACUGCGUCCCUUGCCCUGACGCUCUUUGCAGACAGCAACGAGAACAUCCUAUGGAUCUGCAGUGCUCUCUUGGGUCUGUCCAUGGCCUCGCUCUUCCCAACUGGUAUCGUUUGGCUGGAGACGUACACCCCUGUCACCGGCAACACCGCAUCCUUCCUUAUUGUCGGUAGCGCCCUCGGAGAAAUGUGCGUACCCGUCUUAAUUGGUUAUCUCUUUGAAGAUCGCAUAGGCCCCAUGGUUCUAAUGUACUGGAUGUUGGCAACGUCCGCGUUGUCAGCUCUCAUCUUCGUCUAUGUGUUCUGGUUGAUGGCGGAGAGCGGGCGGGAGAAGAAGUCGCUACCGGCCGAAAAGAGCCCCGCCCUGGAGCUGUUCCAGAGCGUUGAGGAAGCCCUGCCCAUGGAGGAACUCUUCAAGAAUGGAGGAUCAAAUAACAAGCAGAUGAGCAAACCACGUGUCCCUCCGAUCCUAAAAAGGAAGAACCACAAAGAGUGAACUGUUCAAUCCAAAACAAUGUUAGUACUGCAGCUGCAAAUGAACAAUCAACGAAUGUCUAUCCAUUUUUAUGCUGUGGAUAAUAUCUUCUGGAUUUUAUCAGUCAAAGUUCUUACGUGUUCAAUCAGGCCGAGUAUAAAAGGCAUCUGCAAGUAUCUUCAGUAUUGAAGAGGCAGAUUAUCUUGAAGAAGAAGUAGAAGAAAAGUGAUGUAGUGAUCUCAUAUUUAAAAAAUUCCCUAACUUUUUCAUUAUACAUCUCAUUUAUUUCAAACUUCUGCCAUUCUGUUGCUGUUAUUUUUCUAAAUUCAAAUCAAUGACCUUAUUUGAUACAAAGGUUGGAAUGCCCUUUAAACCGUAAGAAAUGAUAUCAACUACGAAACUGUAAUCAUAAGAAUAUAAUGGUAGGGCAUGUUCAUCAUCCAUGCUCGCAUACGCUCUAGAUUGAAAUUUCAUGAAAAUGUAUAUACGCAAACGAAGAAUGCAAUUGAAAUAUAAUGCUAGUUUUC